AUGGCUACUAUGGAAUACGAAACGGAGAAUGGUCGCUUUGACGGCGAACCCCGGUUCGAUCGCGAGCGUAGCGCCUCACCGAGAGGCAAUGCGAGACGCGGAGCUCGAAACCGAAGCAUGUCUCCAAAUGGCCGUGGUGAUCAUCUCCGUGUACCCCAAAAUGAUCGGCUGGUGAAAAUAAGCGACGACGAUGAAGGAAGCGUCAAUACUGGUUCCAAUCUCUUCGUUACCGGUAUCCACCCGCGACUUACCGAGUCGGAUGUUUCCAGGCUCUUUGAAAAAUAUGGCGAUGUUGAGAGCUGCUCGAUUAUGGUUGACCCCCACACCAAGGAGUCGCGUGGUUUCGGUUUCGUAAAGAUGGUAACUGCAGAGCAAGCGGACGCUGCAAAGGAAGGCCUUCAAGGUGAAGUCAUUGAAGGGAGAACUCUUAGCAUUGAGAAAGCUCGUCGUGGCCGUCCACGAACGCCAACCCCCGGCAAAUACUUUGGUCCUCCUAAACGUGGGACAUCUUACGCUCGUGGCCCGCCCCGUGGCGGCCGUUAUGACCGUUACGAUGACCGUCGGGGAGGAUAUGGUGGCGGGGGAGGGCGUCGAUCCGAUGAUAAUUACCGCUAUGGCCGUUAUGAUUCGUAUAACGAACGUAGUCGAGAUUACGGUCGUCGUGACUUCCGUGACGACCAAUCCUACCGUGGUAUCGAUCGUUAUGCGACAUCAGGAGGUCGCGAAGGAGGUCGUGAAGAGAGGUACGAGCGUCGUGGUGGCGGUGAUGACCGCCGUGGGGAUGAUCGUCGUGGCUAUUACGAUCGCGACGAUGCUCGUUCACACCAUUCUUCCGCUUAUCCUGACGCUCCACCACCUCCCCGCGAGUCCCGCGAUCCAUACGGAGGCCGUGGCUACGAAGGCCGUGGUGGAGAUGAUCGAUAUGGCGCGAGAUAG